AUGGCCUGGUUGAGACGUUGGCCACUCUGCCUCCUUCCAAGCCUAUCCUCAUGGAGGGUGCAGGAUGGCAAUGUUCUGAAUAUUGAGACCCAUGGCGAGAUCAUCACUGCUCUGAUCUUAAUCACCACUCAUCUGACUUUUUACCGUCCUGAUCCUCACUACACAUCCAGCCUCACAAGCACUCAGAAACAUCCUCUACUCGACAAACCCACAUGCCCCCAGGACAGACAAAUCUGGUCUUUACUCAGCUUCCUUGAAAUGCUACUACAUGGGGAUGACUACAAGACAGUUCUUGACUUUUUGCCCAGUCACUCUCGGGAGGGCAAAAUCAAGAGCUUUUGGAACAUGUUCGGCGACUCAUGUGUGUACGUCAAUCACUGCAUAAGAGUCAGAGACUCCGGCACUAUCAGCCAAGAGGCCAUACUCUAUGCCAUCAUUAUCUACACAGACAGUUGUGGCGUGGACCUCCUCAUACCAGUCACAUUUUGGGGCACUACCCUCUGCCCAGACAAUAUAACCGCAGUGCUCAUCCAGGUGAAGACCAAUCUGCAUUUCGCACACAACGUGCAGAUGCCUGUCUUCGACGUGAUGGACUCUGUCAGGAUUGGCCUCUUCACUGACACUGCGAACAUUCUCCUGGUCAUUUGCAUGGUGUUCGUGCUUGGGUCUGUGCAGCCAGUGGUGCAUGUUCCAGCACACACCACGCUGCCCGCGCCCAUGCUGCCAGCUCACACGAACCAUGAUGCUUAUACCACGUUUGACAUUUGGUGUGCUGGCUGCUGCAACAAAAGUUUCAAGGUCAUAUCUCCAGCUGAGAGCACAGCAUACCAGAGUCUGCUCAAUCAGGUUCGCAAGGGUAAUUUUGCUAAUAGAGUGCACAGAGCCAGAGGGUCUCACCAGAUAGAAGUGGAGGAAGCGUUCAAAAUGAGCAUAGAGGCUGCGCACUGUGCCAUGAAUUCUUGGGCAAUCACAACUCAUUUUGAAUGA